AUUACAGCAGCACAGAGAACAAGGAAGCAACAUGUGCUCAUCAUAAUAACUCCAACUCAUCAGCGGCUCUCAGCACAGACAGACCACCGAAACACUGCUCAAGAUUCACCGUCUGGAGGCUCCGGACCACCAAACCAUGAAGCGAGAGGUGAAAGCCGGUGUCGACUUCCUGAAGCGCCUGGUUUUGGCACGCGGAACGCUGGACGCAGCCAAAGUGGAGCAGUUUGCGGAAAAGCUGCAACAACUUUUAUGUAACAAAUACGAGGAGCACUGGUACCCCGAGUGUCCCAACAAAGGGCAAGCUUACAGAUGCAUACGGAUAAAUAACGUAACGCCGUGUGAUGAUGUGGUGCAGAAGGCAUGUGAGGAGAGUGAGCUCACACCCAGCGAGCUCGGCCUUCCGCCUGAGGUCACGGUGUGGAUCGACCCACUCGAGGUGUGUGCAAGAUCCAGGGAGAGCUGCAGGCCCUUCACUGUGGCUCGUUUUACAGACAAAGAGGAGAAGACGGAUAAAGAGGAGGAUGAGGAGGGUUCAAAAGAAUACAAAGAGGACACUUCUGCGGACUCCGUCCACCUCGACACGUCUGACUACCACUCGGCGACCUCUUCCGACUGCGGUUCCGCAGCGUCGAGCGACACGGAAGAGGAGGUAAAGGACGGCGAGACAGAGGGAGAGAAAGAGAAAGAUGCUGUGAAGAAGAAGACAGCGGCAGAAGGCAACACCUACUCAAUAACAAUGGUGCCCAGAAUUCGGACGCGGACUGGAGACUGGCCACAUAAGGUCAAAUACGUCAGAAAUCUGCUCCCUGCUAGCCUCCAGUACUUCUACCAUCCUUCAUCAGUGUGGCCUCAGUACAAGAAGAGUGCCCCUGUGUUUGUCACCACGGUGUGCGCUCCUCCGCCACCACCGCCACCACCCCAGCAGGUGAUCAGCUACUACGUGUUACCGCAGCCGUCGCCGCAGUUCAUCGUGCCUCAGACCGCCCUCCAGCCUUGGGGCGCUGUGAAGGCUUAGGCCACCCGGAACCAGCAUGGAGACACUGGAGCAUUAGAUAAUCGUAUGACUGAGUCAGUGACAUCAGGUCUCUGAGUUCACCUUAUCUUGAGCCAAAAAAGAACUUUCUAAAAAAUGAUUUAGCUCAGUUAGUCUUUGCACAUUCUCUCUUCCUUUCUCUCUCCUUUUUUUUUUUUGUUUAAUAACCUUUAUUCAGCACAAUGGGAUGAAUUUCAUUAUAAAAUGUGCACACAAUAUUUGAAUUGUUGGAAUCUAUUGAAUCAGCACUGCUAAUUUUUAC